AUGUCAGAUGCAGGGAAUGAGACCACUGAGAAUUCUACAGUUGAGAAUGUGACUGACGAGAAUGCUUCAGAUGUCAACGUGACCGGGCUGAAUGAGUCGAAUGCGAGCAGUUUGGAUGAUAAUGCGACUGAGGUGAACGCGUCGGAUGGCAAUUUCUCUAAUAUGUCAGAUGCAGGGAAUGAGACCACUGAGAAUUUUACAGCUGAGAAUAUGACCGACGAGAAUGCUUCAGAUGUCAACGUGACCGGACUGAAUGAGUCGAAUGCGAGCAGUCUGGAUGACAAUGUGACUGAGGUGAACGUGUCGGAUGGCAAUUUGUCGAAUAUGUCAGAUCCAGGGAAUGAGACCACUGAGAAUUUUACAGUUGAGAAUGUGACUGACGAGAAUGCUUCAGAUGUCAACGUGACCGGACUGAAUGAGUCAAAUGCUAGCAGUCUGGAUGAUAAUGUGACUGAGGUGAACGUGUCGGAUGGCAAUCUCUCGAAUAUGUCAGAUGCAGGGAAUGAGACCACUGAGAAUUUUACCGCUGAUAAUGUGACUGACGAGAAUGCUUCAUAUGUCAACGUGACCGGGCUGAAUGAGUCGAAUGCGAGCAGUCUGGAUGAUAAUGUGACUGAGGCCAACGUGUCGGAUGGCAAUCUCUCGAAUAUGUCAGAUCCAGGGAAUGAGACCAUUGAGAAUUUUACAGUUGAGAAUAUGACUGACGAGAAUGCUUCAGAUGUCAACGUGACCGUGCUGAAUGAGUCGAAUGCGAGCAGUCUGGAUGACAAUGUGACUGAGGUGAACGUGUCGGAUGGCAAUGUCUCGAAUGUGUCAGAUCCAGGGAAUGAGACCACUGAGAAUUUUACAGUUGAGAAUGUGACUGACGAGAAUGCUUCAGAUGUCAACGUGACUGGGCUGAAUGAGUCAAAUGCGAGCAGUCUGGAUGAUAAUGUGACUGAGCUGAACGUCUCAGAUACGGACCUCACCAAUACGUCAGAUGGAGGAAACGACACUGCUGUUAAUUUCACAGCUUCUAAUGCGACCGAUGAGAACACCUCAGUUGACAAUGCAUCUGAGGAGGUCAACGUCUCGGACGGGAACCUCACAAAUGUGUCAGUUGCGGAGAACGAGACGGCCGAUAAUUUCACGGCUGAGAAUGGGACGGACGAGAACGCUUCAGAUGUCAAUGUGACCGGGCUGAAUGAGUCGAAUGCGAGCGCUUUGGAUGAGAACAUGACGGGGGAGGCCAACGAUACGGCCGAUAAUUUCACAGCCGUGAAUGUGACAGGCGAGCUUGCGCCCGCGGGCAACACAACCACCGCCACCGACUCGUCGACCGUCACAGCCACCGCGACCUCGUCGACGCUCACGACGGGCUCCGCGACCUCGCGGACGACCACGACGACGCACGGGGCAGACCCGCAGACCCUCACCACGAAGAUCCUCUUCUACACGGACAACGUGGACACGUUCAUGUCCAGCCCGGACAUCCAGGACGCCAUAGAGGACUCCUACGUGGAGCUCACAGGCGCCUCCAGAGCGAGCGUGACCUCGCGGUUCUCGCUGCCUGCCGGCAGGCGGCUUCGACGCCUGACUUCGGAGCUGUACCCCGGCCACACGGAGGUGGACGUCUUCAUCUCGUCCGUCCAUCCCACGAUGGACCGCGCACAGCAGGUCAAGAGCGUCAUCGAGGCGGCGUUCGCGGGCGACCCCGCGACCAACGCGUUCCAUCAGGCCAUGGACCAGCGCCUCAAGGAGAUCGAGCAGCGUCUGGGAGUUCAUUUUGACAUACCGGCGAUCGUGAUCCACAAGCUUACCGGCUUCUCGAUUACGCCCGUCGACCCAGACGACGUCGCCGACACCAGGGGAGUGUCCCCGGCGUCGAGCGGCGUGCUGUCAGGGAUGUUCCUGAUCAUCCUGGUGGUGAUCAUUGCCCUCAUCUGCCUCUUCUGCGUGUUCGUCUCGGUCGUCCGGCAGCGGCGCUCGAGGCGUGCCCGGCAGAAGGGCGAGCCGCCCGACUGGAGGGGCCAGCGGCCCAGCCUGGAGGCGGUGUCCUUCAAGGACCCCCGAGCGGUGGGCGAGGACGAUUGCAGCAUCGUCGGCUUCUACUUCCAGGGGCACGAGGAGGUGCGGGUAAAGGUGUCGUACGUGACGACAUAG